AUGUCCGACCCCGCCCCCUCCCCUCAGAUCCUCCACUUUGCGCGCGGCGUCGUCGCCCUCCUGGACCUCUGGCCGGCGCUCACCAUCGCUGUGCGGGAGGGAUGGGGCGGCCACGAGUCGGCCGACAAGAAGACGUGGCUUGCGUCCGAGCUGAUCGACGCGUUCGAGAGCAGGGCCGACUACACCGAGGCGGACGGCGUGCGCACCGUCGACGCGAGCAACGCCGCCGACCCGCCGCUCGACAUCGACCAGCUCGCCGACCUGCUCACGCAGGUCAUGAGCGACGAGUUUGACGCCGCCAUCGAGGACGGCAGCGUCGAGCCCCUGAGCGCCGACAUUCUGCGCCUGUGGCGCGACGUCGUCGCCCCCUCGGCGCGCACGCCAGAGGAGACGGUCGCCGCGCUCGAGCGCAAGGCCGCCGAGGUGACCCGCACCGGCGUGUCCGCCACCUCUGGCGGUGGCCCGCAGGAGGAGGACGGCAGCGACUGGGAGAGCGAGGACGACGACGACGAGAUGGACGAGGACGAGGCGCCUCAGCUCGUGCCGGCCGAGCAGCCCCGCCAGCGCCAGGAGCCCGUCGUCGACGAGGAUGGGUUCACCGUCGUCCAGAAGGGCCGAAGGCGUUGA